AUGAAGCUGUUUGCCUUUCUAUCGGUCUUCGUCUUCUGCGGCCUUGUCGCUGCUUGGUCCAAAGAAGACUAUGAGAUCUUUGGUCUACAAAAUGAUGUGGCCACAAACGAGGGUGCCAAUGUGACCUUUUACGACCUCCUCGAGAUCCGUCCCAAUGCCAAUCAGGAGCAAAUCACCAAGGCCUACCGCAAGAAGUCGAGAACCAUCCACCCGGACAAGGUCAAGCGCGCCUUCAUCGCAAACUACGCCAAGGACAAGAGCAAGGCCAAGUCAAACCAGGGGGUCAAUGUCAACAAGGGUCCUACCAAGCGCGAGAUUGACGCCGCAGUCAAGAACGCCGAUGCCCGCUCUGCCCGUCUGAAUCUCGUCGCCAACGUUCUGCGAGGCCCUAACCGUGAACGUUACGACCACUUCCUCAAGAAUGGCUUCCCCUUGUGGAAGGGUACCGGAUACUACUACUCUCGCUUCCGUCCUGGUCUGGGCUCCGUGCUGGCGGGUCUGUUCCUUGUUUUCGGUGGUGGUGCUCACUACGCUGCACUGAUCCUUAGCUGGAAGCGCCAGCGCGAGUUUGUGGAUCGCUACAUUCGCCAGGCCCGCAGAGCCGCCUGGGGCGAUGAAAUGGCUGUUCGUGGUGUCCCUGGAAUCGAUUCGGUCGCAGCUGCGCCUCCCCCUCCUGCCCCUGAAUCCGGUGAUGCCGGUGCCGUGGCUGUCAACCGUCGCCAGAAGCGCAUGAUGGAUAAGGAGAACAAGAAGGAUAAGAAGGGAGGCGGUACCCGUGUGAGCGCCCGUCCCUCCUCCGGUACCUCUACCCCCACCGAGCAGGUUACUAGCACUGGCGAGCGGAAGCGCGUCGUUGCUGAGAAUGGAAAGACGCUGAUUGUCGAUUCUAUUGGCAAUGUCUUCUUGGAAGAGCAGAACGAGGCUGGCGAGCGCCAGGAGUUCCUGCUCGACAUUGAUCAGAUUGAACGUCCUACCAUCCGCGAGACAAUGGUUUUCAAGCUUCCUAUCUGGUGCUUCAACAAGACUGUUGGUCGGGUGUUGGGAAUUGGAGCUUCCAUCGAGGAGGAAGUGGAUUCUGAUGAAUCUGAGGAGCCUAUGGUUGAGGAGGCCGAGACCACUGCCACCUCAAACUCCCGCUCUCGGAAGCGUAACAAGCGCUCCCAGCGAUCAUAA